AUGUCUAUAGAGAGGGGUUCAUCUACUAGAGAUGUCGAGGACAGAAAAAUGAAAGGAAAGGUUCUUGAGGAACCCACCAUGGAGCCUGAAUCAGAUCCUUCGCUUGAUCUUAGGCUUUACAGUGGUGAGUCUCCUAAGGCUUCACAAGACUCAAAUGAUGCAAAGAAGCCAUCAGAGAUGAAACAACACCAAUGCAAAUUUUGCAAUAGGAAAUUCUCCAGCUCGCAAGCAUUAGGUGGGCACCAAAAUGCACACAAAAAAGAGCGAGCUGAGAUGAAAAAAGAACAGGACACUCAAGCAAACCCUUUGGGGACCAUUUAUCCAUUCCAAGCUGCAACUGCAGGCAUGGCUGGAUUUUCUAGCCAUCUUGAUCCUUAUAAUAACAACAAUUAUUUGGGAAUUAAGAUGCAAUCUAUGAUCCAGAAACCAUCUUAUCAUCAUUAUCUUAACUCUUUCCAUGCAGGAUCUGGAUCGUACAAUGCCCGUAAAGGAUGGCCUAGGCAAGCUAACAUGAACUCACAGGCCAAUUACAUGCGUGACAAUCACUGGUAUGCAAGUGCACGUAAUUCAUAUCCAACUCUAGACAGCUUGCUAUUUCGCCGGCCCCCAUCUGUUGGUGCUUCUAACCAGGGGGGACCUUCACUUUCCAAUCUGAAUUUUGCUCCUACUAGGAUUGGUACUGCUGCAGGUCGAGUUGAUCUUUCAGGAGCUGGUGCUUCCGGUUGGAACCAGCAACGUGAUCGCCCUACCGGGCAUGACUUAUCCCUCAACCUUUAA